GGGGAAGCCCCGGCGACCGGCGGCCCCAAGCGGUGGUGGAGCGCAGCGGACACGGCGCUCGGGUCACCGCGCCCGUCCAGUUUCGGGCCGUGCGGGUCCCACCCUGCCGGGCGCGCGCGGCCAGCGGCCCGGAACCUCGCGGCGGCCUCCAGCGCCCAGCCCCGGGGAAUGCGGUGGCCCCCGGCCCCUAGCGCCCCUCGGUGUCUCGGCUGGACCUCUUCGCUCGUGUGCUCCGCGGCCUCGACGCUCCCGGGCCCCCUGAUGGCGGCGAAAUGGUUCAAGGAGUUCCCGCUUACUCUGAAGACCGCGUCGGAGCGCGCCCGGCCCGGGGGCGCCGGCGGCAAGCCGCGCAAGAACUCGGAGACCGGCGGCGCGGCGCCCACCCCGGGCAAGGGCCGCAAGAACUCAGCGGCCGAGCUGGGGGGCAGCAGGGCGGGCAGCGGACCCCCCAAGGACAGUCGGCUGUCCCGGGACAGCCUGCAGGGUCUGAUCCAGGCCGCUGCUGGCAAAGGCCGCAAGAACUCCAGGGUCACCGCCACCACCACCGAGGAGGAGCCCCACCGGGGUGCGGUGGCCAAGAGCGCGGGCUGCAGCACCUACAUCAGCAGGCUCAUCAAGGUGGACACGCAGGAGAAGAACGGGAAGGGCGCCUACUCGGGCGGUGGCAGCAGCAGCAGCUCCAGCAGCUCAUCUUCCUCUGCGUCCUCUUCCCCGUCCUCCCUGGGCCCCGAGCUGGACAAGGCCAAGAUAAUGAGACAGCAAGACACGGUCAUCAUUUUAGAGGACUAUGCUGACCCAUAUGAUGCCAAACGGACAAAAGGUCAAAGGGAUGCGGAGAGAGUGGGUGAGAACGACGGCUACAUGGAACCGUAUGAUGCACAGCAGAUGAUAACAGAAAUCAGACGCCGUGGUUCCAAAGACCCCCUGGUGAAGGCCCUCCAGCUGCUCGAUGGCCCAUGUGAGCCGGGGGAGACUGUGAAGGUGGAGGCCACAGCCAAGAGACGCAACUCCAAGGACCUGCUGGGGAAGGCGCCUCAACUCUAUGACACCCCCUACGAGCCUUCAGAGGGUAGCCAACGUGUGGCAGAGGUGAAGAUGCGACCCGUAGAUAGCAGCAGGCUGCCCGAAGAGGAUGAUCGGCCCGCUGCCGAGUACGAGCAGCCCUGGGAGUGGAAGAGGGAGCAGAUCGCACGAGCCCUGUCAGUGUUAAGUGAUGGCUUCCUUCCAGUCCAGUUUGAGGGAUCUGAUCGACCUCCUGGCAGAGAGGAGGCAGGGAGACCGCACCACUGGCAGAAGACCUUGAAGCCGACCCUGUCAGACCACGGCGAUGGGGAGAAGGUGGACCCAGGCCUGGCCCUGGAAAAGCAACCCUGGUAUCAUGGCUCCAUUAGCCGAGCUGAGGCUGAGAGCCUACUACAGCCCUGCAAAGAAGCUGCUUACCUGGUCCGGAACAGUGAGUCAGGCAACAGCAGAUAUUCCAUUGCACUGAAGACUAGUCAAGGGUGCGUCCACAUCAUAGUGGCUCAGACAAAAGACAACAAAUACACACUGAACCAGACGAGCGCUGUGUUUGACAGCAUCCCUGAAGUGGUACACUAUUACUCUAAUGCAAAGCUGCCUUUCAAAGGGGCAGAACACAUGACCCUUCUCCACCCAGUGCACAAGCUUCACUAAGGUCCAGCCAGCAAGAGCCCCGGGCACCUGCGAGGUCAUCAGCACCCAGCAGUACCAUGUGGACAGGAUUCUCUUCUGCUGCUGCAGACCAGGAGUCGCUGCCUGGAAGUCAAGCACUCUGUGGUCUUAAAUCCAGGACACAGUGGUUUCUGAUCUGUUCUUCCUCUCCCUACUAUAAGAAAGUAAUGCUUGCCUACCAUCCUCUCCCUUGGAGUAGGAGUUCUGUUUGGAGUGUGACCCUUAGGAAAGGUAGAUCCAGAGCUCGGCAGCACUGAACUUGCCCGUUGGUGCUAUUCUCUGGAGUGCCUGGCCUCUGGACAACAGAGAACCCCUAGGCCUUUCUUUAUAAGCGACUGCUAGGCUGGAAGAUCCUGCAGUGUGAGCCCCUCGUGAGGAAGUGGAUGGACAGUGGGAAAGAAGAGCCACAGAUGGGAAAGCUGUCUUUCUUCAGGUCCUGAUGCAGCUGUGGCCUUCACACAGCAUUCACAACCUGAGGACUUCACAAGAAUAUGAUUUGGUCAGCUUUCCUAAGUGUUUGCUUUCUCCAUUUCUCGGGACAUUCUCAUCCUUUGGCAAUAAGUCAGUACUAUGAGCAGAAACCGGACGGAGGCUCCCAGAUUAAAGUGUCACCAAUAUUAAGUAUACUCCAAAGAUUUGAUUUCUGAUUUAAAAAAAAAAAAUUCUACAGAGCUCAACACCUGUUUUGUUAUUGGAUAAUUAUGUACAUAUCAGGCAGCUUCUCUCUUUGUGUAUUUUGUUGCAUGAAAUCAUCUUUAAGAUUUCUUUCUGAAAUUAGAUUUGUGUUGUAUUUUUGGCAAAAAUUUUUUACAACAAAAUUGGGAUCCAAUUGUAUGAACAAACCAAUAUGUGCCCUACGGAAACAUUUUGAACAAUAUUGGAGUCCGAGGCUGUCUCUGCUGCUCUCUAAGUCACUAAUCAUUGUAUGUUUAUCUGUGAUCUGUGCACUGUGGGAAAUCCCACAGGAGGGGGAGGCUGUGUGCAGGAGCUAUUGGGAAUGGGCUGGACCAGAACUGGAGGAACAUUUCUUGUUCAGGUUUGUAAACUGGAUCUCAAGACUGUUCCCAAGGCUGAUCCCCCUCAGUGGAAACUGAAUGUUUGUAGCUUCUCAGAUGCACAAAAUAUAUUAACCGUAAAUUGGG